GAUAUCACUUGGUGCGCGUUGGUGCUGCUAGUUUCUCGGCUGUCAGUCGGUUGCAGAAUGACGCAGUAGUCAGUCAGGGGAUAUAAAAUUGAGAGCGAGUUUUGGUGGUGGGGUUUCGAAGAACUUCACGCACACAAUGAAAAUACGAUUUUGCGGAGAAGAGAAGACUGUCAGUUUAGUGAAAAAAAAUGUCAGCGGACUCGCCUAGAAGGGGUCUGCACAAGGGGGCUCAAGUUAUCUCGCCUCAACCGAUCAGCGAUCGUUCCAUUAUCGACAGCGUUGCUGGCAUUAUCAAUGACAUUGUACCCCAAGCGUAUGCAGGAGUUCCGAAUUCAGAUAACAAAGAGACUAUAACAUGGGCAAGAUUCGAGUAUGCAGAUGUAAAUAAUUCUGCCUUUUAUCCUGAUUACAUAGAGGGUUCGGCGACACCACCAUUAUUGUUGGUACUCGGUUAUACCACUGGAGUCCAGGUAUGGGUUGUCGCGGCAUCGGGUGAAGCAACGGAGGUUCUCUCGUGGCGUCAAGGAAUAGUGCGUACACUGAGAAUCUUACCGGAUCCUAAAGUGGACGAGGAUCAUGCUGAUCCGUUUCAACAGAAGCGACCGAUGGUGGCGAUAUGCGAUUCAUCGGGUCCGGGGCCACAAUUUUGCAACAUAAGUUUCAUCUCGUUGAAAACGGGUGAACAAGCGAAGAGCAUAAAAUUUAAAAACCCAGUGUGCGACGUUCUCGCGAAUAGGCGUUCCGUUGUGGUGACAUUUUCAGAAAAAAUUGCUGUUUUCGACGCUCGUACACUCGAAGACGUCGUCACCGUAACGACGUGUUAUUUGAGUCCUGGACCAAAUCCUAAUCCCGUAGCACUCGGGACAAGAUGGUUGGCUUACAGCGAAAAAAAGCUAUUGCCAGCUCGUCGUAGCAGCGGCGGAAGUGAAGGCGAAGGUGUACAAAGUUACACCGCGGCGGUUCUUUACGCCGCUAAAUCCUUGGGCAAGGGCUUGCGCGGCUUGGGCGAGACAGUUGCCUCCAGUUUAACCGGGAACUCAUUGACUCCAAUGGCAAUGAAUAAUAUUGGUAGUGACGUUACCCAACCUGGUGUCGUAACCAUAUUGGAUCUCCAAGCCUCCAAAGAGGAAAAAGAACUCGACGAUUCCUCGAUCGAAACAGUCGUCGCUCAUUUUACUGCCCAUAACGAUGCUAUAGUCGCUAUGACCUUCGAUCUUACCGGUGCUCUUCUUAUGACCGCCGAUAAGAGAGGUCAUGAUUUUCAUGUCUUUCGGAUACAACCCCAUCCUGGUGGCCCUACACUCGCGGCCGUUCACCACCUCUAUGUUCUCCAUCGGGGUGAUACUACCGCCAAAGUCCAGGAUAUGACGUUUUCGAGUGAUACAAGGUGGGCGGCAGUGUCAACGGUACGUGGAACGACUCACGUGUUUCCUGUGGCUCCUUACGGUGGGCCAGUUGGUGUGAGAACCCACUCGACGCCUCACGUUGUAAAUCGUCUUUCAAGAUUCCACCGGAGCGCCGGUCUCACCGACGACAGCACGAGAUCACAUUCGCCAGUCUCGCACGCCGAAUUGCCCGUCUCCGUAUACCCUUAUUCGAACCCUAGAUUACCUCCGUAUCCUCAUCCAACCAUACUCCAUCCUCUUGCACAGAUUCGCCAACCCUCGACCUUGAACCACGCCAAUAACCAAUCACAGCCGAGCAGACCUCAGCAAAGACAGCGACUGCAUUUGGACGACGGUGGAACAUUGCAGCUGAAAAUAUGCGCCUGUUUUGCGCCACCGCGCGCUUGGAUUUACGCGCAACGUGAUUCGACGAACAAAGCAGCCAAGCGUGCGGUCGAUUCGUUGUUUAUAAUGGCUUGUCACGGGAAUAUGAUCCAGUAUGAUUUAGAACCCAAGCCUGCAGCUGGUGUACCGAAAGAAAAGGUCUGUGACGACACGACAAUCGAGCUGGAAGUCGAGGCGAAAGGGCAAUGGCCGUUGUUGAGAGGUCCAAACUCGUUGGAAAUCGUUCCACCUUUGACCUCCUCGAGUCCUCUUUUAUCGACACUGGGCUCACCGAAGAGCUCUCGACAAUUGGACACUGCUGACGAUCGUUGGCUCAGUCAAGUUGAAAUUGUCACGCACGCGGGUCCUCACAGAAGACUGUGGAUGGGUCCCCAAUUCGUCUUCAAAACAUACAACGCUCCCAGCGGCGUCAAUUUGAUCGAAUCCGAGGCCAUAGAAAUUGGGGUUACCGGUGGUUCACGACCGGCGCGAUCGAAUCCAGUAAACAUGCCACACGCGACGACUCGACCACUCGUUCCUGUCGUCAUCGAUGGAUCUGGAAGUAGUUAUGAACAGUCGCCAAGAUUCAUGGAAGCCUACGGUGACUCGCUAGACAACGACGCGAUGGGAAUUGGUAACGGUGAAAAUCAGCUUCGUGAGGAUCUCGCAGAAGCCAUGCUUGAGACCUCGGCAGCUCCGCACCGUGUUGCAGGGAGGCGAUUGGUAGUUGAGAGGGUGGGACAACCGGUAACUAAAGUGGUCAACCCAUUGGGAACGGUUAUAACUGUGAUGGCGGACGAGGAGGACGUAAGCUCGAGUCAGGAGUUUGACGAGCCGACACCCGAGCCCCCUAGGAGUUUAUGCGCCGAGGAGGGACCCGCCUCGCUCGGUGAUUUUGAUACCGAGGGACAAGAAUUGCGCAAUUUAACGGAGAUAUGUGCGGAAAUGAGGUCGGCGAGCGAGCCAGCGAUUGACAGUGUACCGGACGAGAGUAUAAAGGAAGUCCGGGAGAACAAGACUCUUUGCGCCGAGGCGGUGGUCCCAACGAUGAGUCAGUGCGAGAGAAGCAUCGAUUACGAGAGAGAAGAAUCCUUCAGAGAUGUACCAACGAGUUUGAGUCUUUGCGCUGAGCAAGGCGAAAUACCCAACAGUCCGAUGACUCUGGCACGCGAAACUAACUGGAACAAGCGAAGUGUCAAACGGGAAGACAGCGAACUGCAGGAGAGAACUUACGCUAAAGCUAAAUACGUCGUUAAUUACGACGACGACAGCGUUGUACUUAUGGAAAAUAAAUCAGGCGCGAUAUCGACUGACUUGAAGAAAAAAACAACCAGCGAAUCCAUCGAUGACAGUGUCAAGGAAUCGAGCUCGAGCAGCCCCGAAGUUUUGUCACGAAACAAAUGUGAAGCGGAGCCUGAAAGAGCUUCCAAAAGACCGAACAAAGUGGCAUCGAGUGCGAGGGCAAACAAGAGAUCCAGCUGUCUCGUUCAACGAGUACAGCCUAAAUAUCUUUUACACGAGAGCGAAGACAGCGUCGUCAUCGAAGAUACGAGGCUUCCGGAAAAAAAGGUUUCUCCUACGAGAAUCCUCACGAAGGAGGCUUCCUCGUGUCCCCCGACCGAGAGCCCGACGAAGAGAACGGUCACCGAUGAAACCUCGGAAAGCGUCGAUUCCGACGCGAGACAAAAACGCGGCAAAGAUCGUAGAAACUCGAAGAAUUCGAGACAAACGGAUUCGUCUCUGGACGCUUUGGGCGAAACCGAAGCCAUGAUUGUCGAGCCACGUCAAGUCGAAGAUCAAAUUGAGAUCAGCGAUACUUUCGUUGAUCUUAAGGACGUUGAAAGUACCGGGAACGACGUCGUCAUCGUUGACAGUGUAAGAAACGAUCCCGAACCCAUGGAAGCUACUGUCGCAACUGGCUUAGCUUCUUUGCCACUCGAACCACCGCCUUCGACGCCGCCACCUCCGCCACCGCCGCCUCCAGUUUUGGACGACAUUAGCUGCAUGGAUUAUCACAUCGUUGAAACGACCUGCUCGUUGCCACUCAAAGAAACUGCUUACUCCCAUCAGUCGGAUGAUGACAUCGAGCACAUACACAGUUCCGAAGUGACUCAAAUGCUCGAAAUCGUUGACCACAAACUAUUACGUUCCGAAGACAUUGAAUCCUCGCCAAUGAGACAGAGGAAGAGCAGCAAAAGCACCAUUUCCGAUGACGACAUCGAGCACAUCAACAGCGCCGAGCUCGUCGAAAUUCUCGACCGUGGCAGCGCUCUCUUGGCCGCUAAAUCCGACGAUUUUCAUCGUAUAAACUCCGGAAAAACGAGCAAAAGCGUUCUCUCCUUUGACGAGGAUAUCGAGCACGUUUAUCACUCGGAAGUCUGUGAUAUCGAGCCAGCCUCGAGAGCUUCGCCGAGCCUCGAUUCGCCUGGCAUGCGUGCGAGUACGAAGAAGAAGCCCCAGGAUAAUUCAAGCGAUGGAAGCACCGCGGGGAGCUUGCGUGCGAGGGGCUCGAGAAAGCGGAAAGACGUCGUCGUCAUCGACAGCGAUAAUUCCGAGGCCGAGGUCACCGUGAUCGUCAAGACUUUGGAUUCUUGGAGCAAAAGUAAAACACCGGAGAAAGAUUUGGCCGAGGAAAUUGAUCGGUGUGUCGAAACUAAAGAGCAUACGAGCGAUCGAGCCACCUCGCAAAGCUUGCCGAAGAAGACUCGCGUCCGGACUGCCAAGCUCGCCUCUGCGACGAGCUCAACGACCGCCACGGCGACCAGCCAGAAGCGACAACCCUCUUCGGAUAUGGUCGAAAUCAUUGAUAUCGACGCUAUGCAAAAAGCCGAAAUGGAAGUUGCGAGCGUCGUCGACGUCGUCGUCCCGCCCGUUGAGUGUAAAAUUUCUGAAUCACGCCUCGAAACUAACUCUUCAACGAGAUCUCAGAAAUCACGGAGGAACAAGAAAGCCCAUCUCGACACCGCCUCGUCGAUCGCCCUCAGUAAUACCAGCAGUGCCGAUCCGCCCGCUGAAACUCCGAGCAACCCGAGAGACGUCGGCCAGGAUUCCGAAGAAACAACGGCGAGUCAACGAUCGCCUGUCAGCUGGAGUUCUAUCGUGAGGAAACCGCAGACAGAAGCGGACGAGGCUUCGGUCGUUGGAGAAGAAUCGAGCGACACGCUCAUGAAAUCAGCCCUCGAGACCGAGGCCCCGAAGGAGGAAGAGACUGCGGGUGCUGCCCGCAUCGGUGAGCAAGAUCCAACAAAGAUCGUCGACGCAGAGCCGAGCCCAGCGGCGUGCGAUCCCGAGGAAAAAAGCACGAAAAAACGUGGCAAAAAGUCUCGCGUUACGAGCGAUUCCACGGUGACGGCGAAGAAUAACGUGGCCGUUGAAACUCCCGCAAUUUCAACGAUCCCUCCGGUCGACGAGGCGACUUCCUCGUCGCCUUGCGAAACCCGCCCACCGGUCGAACCUCCAACAAUCGUUUCAGCAGCCGUCGUUCAACCCGAGGAAGAAAAACAAAUUGAUUCCACCGAAGCUGCUGUCGUUAACGACGUCAAAAUGAACGAGGACAGCAACGUCACCGCCCCGUGGAAAUUCGAGGAAGAAUCUCAACAACCGGAUAUCUCAACCUCCACCGUCACUAAAGAUUCAACUAAAAAGACGCCAAUGAGGGCAUGGAGGAAAAAGAAGCGCAGAUGAGUAGAGGAUUGCGUAGACAUGCCCAGGGCCAGCCUUGCCCUUUACAUACUUUUCAUGCAAGUUGCUGGGGUCGAAUAGCCAGAGGAGCGUAGAAAACAUAAAAAUACGUGAACCUUGGUAGCACGAUCACGAGAGGGAGAGAAAGAGAAAGAAAGAGAGAGAGAGAGAGCGCGCGAAAUAGAUAGAAAAAGUGUGAAAAUGAUAGUAAACGAAAAACAAAAAAAUAAAAAAAUUUUAAACUGCUGCAGCCCCUUGAAUGGGCUUUACCAUUUUCAUCGAAACGUCAUUCUACGUUUGCGCUGAAAAAGUAUUCAUUUCGUUCAAUAUAUUUUCAAUUUGUUCAUUUAAGCUUGUUGACGAGAACUUGUUUCUUUUAAAUUCACAAUUUUAUUAUAUUUUGUCUCUCUUGACUGGUUACGAUAUCGAGAAAGGGCGAAUACAAUAUCGACUAAAAUUCAUUUUUUUUCGAUAAAGUGAGAAUGCAAAGUAGAGAGACGACUUGAUAAAGAUGAUAAUUUUUCAGUGGAUCAGGGGGUGCGAGGCUGUUUUGAGAUUGGCGAUCCUGUCGAGCGAAAUAAUCGGUGAUCGAAGCGACGAGGCGUUUGAAUUUCCGAGGAAAUAAUCGUCUCGAAUAUUUGUUCCGAAAGCACAAAAAAAUUCCUCCAAUUCUAGUUUCUCGACGUCCACAACUAUUGGUUAUUUCGUUCGAACGAUUACUUCGAAGCCUUUUAUCAAACUUGAGAGACAGCCGAGCCGGUUCGUUGGUAAAAAAGGCACGCGAAGCUUUCGAUCGUUGAAAAAAUCGGCUGAGACCGUAAUCCGAGUAGGAAAACAAAAGAUGAAUUUGGCCUGCUUGAAUUUUUAGUUGACGAGAGCGAGGUCGAGAAAGGGCAAGGCUUUUAUCGGUGCUCUUAACGCUGCAAUGGAGAGGAGCAUUCGAAAGAUUUAACUCUCCGCCUCGAACGCGUGUCGCUGAUCCGGAAUUUUUCCAUGCUUAAUUCUCUCCUUUCACAAUAUUUUACGACGCACGGACGCAAAAUCAGGAAGCAAAAAUGCUCAUUUCAUGAGCCACUCUCUGUGUCAGUAGCGUUGCAAAAACGCAGUAGAGAUCACUCGAGAAACUUGAGAAAAUCAAUCGAGUCAAAACGAAAGUAAAUAAUCAUUGAAGAAUCGUCGCGUGUUCGAGGCAACGGAGACGAGACCCUGCGAUGUCUACGCGGUGCAAAUAUCCUCAGACGUCUGUGCGCGAGCUUUCGUAGGAGUGAAAACCGAGGAAAAAACAUUGUAGAAUGAAAUCAACUUUGAAUUGUAAAAGCUCGUUAACAGUACGUCGAGGAUACUCUUCUAUUAGAUAAUUAUUAUCGGCCAUUAGGUGUUCAUUUGAGUAUGCGCGAUCCGACGAAAAAAGCCCUUCCUGUAUCGUCCGAUAAUUCGAUUAUACAAAGCGUUUAGAAAGAUAAAAAUGAGGUCGUGCUGUCCCCAGGCAACUAGAAGAUUAUAACACGAUACACAAGGUCAAUCGUCCAUCAAUUUAUUUGCCUCGACAUUUUUUUAAACCAUUUUUAUUUAUUGACAAAAAAUUAUUUACGCGUGUAAGUGCGGCGAGUGAGAGGAACACACAGGGAAAAAAGAAUUAUUGUCACGCCGAUUCUCUGUAACGCAAUAACGUCGUUGGCACUCCUAUUUAUUAAUCAUCGCAAUUACAAUUACCGAACUCUUUAUUAUUGACUUCAACGGUAUUAGAGUUUGGGACUGAAAACCUCAAACGACGCAGUCUCCGCAGUAUUUAUUUCAUCUAUUCUAUUUAUAAACAAAUAUUCGCCAGUAAUAUUUUAAAGGCUAUUAAAAAUCGCAAAAAAAAAACAGACCCGCGAUCACGGGCCCCGGAAAAUAAUGUACAAAAACUCUCAUAUAACAUCUCAUUAAUCUUAUCGUUCACGAUUGCCUCACGAGGUGACAGGGAAAGGAGACUUGACAGUGGGUAAUGGAAGGGGGGUGUCGAGACUGCAAUAAAAUUUACUGCCCUUGAAGAAAUAUGCAUUGGAGCGUAAAAUAUAAAAAAUGACCUGUCCCUUGAGAAAUUUCAGGGCCAAACCGAAAGAAAAUAAAAACAAAAAGAUAAUAUUAAUAAUAAUAUUAAUAAUAAAGUAAUAAAAAAAAUAUUAACUAUUUGCAACGUUUCGAAACUACUCGUACUGUUUUACACGACUUUUUUCUGGCUAAGGUAACGCAUAAAUCGUAAAUUAAUAAUUAUUGAUAAACUUUAACAAAGUCUAUUUUAGAUACACAAUCGUAUUGUAUUUAUCACGAAUGGAGGCGUACGAAAACUAAUAAUACUCUCGAUAAUGGUACUCGGGGCGAGAGAAGGAACGAGAAUAUAGAGCAAGAGAGAGGGAGAGAAAAUGAGCGUUCUUCCGUUUCGUCUUAGGUGGAGACUGCGAUCCCUGGCCAUUUAUUAUUUGACGAUUCGUUAAGUUUCUUUUACGCCGAAUAUCACGAGAACAAAAACGAACACAAAAAAACAAUAAAUGAGUAUCACAAUGAGGGACAGAAACGAUGGGGAGGGACGAGGAUUAAAAAAACUUAAAACAAACAAACAAAACAAUGAAAAAUAUCCAAAUACUCACUCUUAACAUAGCUACUAAUAAUCACAAAUCGACUCUCUAGCAAUUAAGUUUCUUCGGUUCGUGUUAUCCUUCGUAAUUAGGAUGUGUGUGCCCCCGAGCCUCUCGAUGAUAAGGAACGAGCAGUCUAAAAAAUAUAUUCAAAAUAAUAGAGAUGAAAUACGAAAGGACCGAAAAACGAGGUCUCCAGCUGGGGCUUUGGGACGCGUGGAAAAAUGUGUUUCGUCGCGACGAAGGCUAUGCGUAGAGUAAUUCGAAUUUCUCAAUGUCAAAUACGAGCGAGGAAAGGAUAAUAAUGUGGAGAAAAAGUGUUCAUCGUAUAAAGAAAUACAUACAAAAAAAAUGGAAAAGCAAAAUGUGAAAAAAAAAUGGAGAUAUUAUCGUUUAAUAAGUAGCUUUAACAGGUUUAUGAGAUCUAAGUGUGUGUGUGUGUGUGUGCGCGUGCAUGCGUGUGUGUUGUAAGCGUGUGGAAAAACAGAAAAAGAGUCAAAAAAAUUCAUUCUACCGGUCGAAUUGAUCGUUCUCGAUACCGUGGAAUAAAGUAAACGUAAAAGAGAAAAAAUAAAAUAAAACACAAAUAAUGAGCGAUCAUUUUUGUUGAUUUGUCGAUGGAGUGAAAAUUGUACAUGGAAACAUAGGCAGAACGAUUGUUAGAAAAAAUAGUGCGGUUAAAUGCUGCGAAAGUUAGCAAACACACUUCGGUUAUGUAUUUCAAGGACAAUCUCAUCGAGACGCUUGAAACUCAAAGCUUUUUUCCAUUUUCACGCCCCCCCGCGCUUAUUCAACGAUCGCAUAAACAACGGAAAUAAGAAUGGAGAUAAAGUAACACGGUUUGAACACUUUAUUUAGCGUAACUGCAAAACUCGGCAUUAAUCGUUACAUGCAGGCAUGUAUCUUAGCUUCGGUUUAAUUUAUGAGAAUUAUCUUAGCAACGCAUAGACGCCCAGUGUUCAUAGUACUUUAAAAUAUACAACUUUUCGUUUAUCUUUGUAGAAUUAUGUGUACGAAAAAGAAACAGAUUGGGGCUCUCUACGUCAAAUUUUCAUGACUUGGACAAAGAAAAUGAAGAAAAGUUCGUUCGGAGGGUGCAUUGUCACGGAGAAUGAUCCACGUCGAUAGAAAGUCCGCGAUUUUUCACAUUUUCUGUACAAUUUUGACUGUGUUGCCGUACGAAAACGAUAGAGAAUUUUGUUGGUUUUAAAAACCACGAAGAAAGCGCAGGAUAAAUGGUUGACACUUUGAUUUUUAAGAAAUUGUUAAAAAAUUUUUAAAUCAUGAUUUUUUCGGAUUAUUAUUUUAGAGAGUGUUGAAGCAAUAACGAAAGGUUGAAAAAUAUGCGGAAAUAUGAAGCGUCCGGACCCGAGUUGUUCACAAGUUUUAGUUGAAUAUUGACAACGCUCGGUUGUUUGUUGCGAGGAGAGGAAAAAAUGUAAAACGAUAAGAGCAGGAGUAUUGAGAAUUUAAUUCAAUUUCGAUCACUCCGCGUCAACGGGCCUCGAGCCAAGAGCGAACGUUUCGGGAGUACUCGAGGAGAUUAGUCUCGCCGGUGGAAGACACUGCACCAGCGGUGCACCCAAUAUAAUUAUCUGAGUAUUAAUAAAUAUUUAAUCAGGCUGAUUAUUGCCUCCUGACGCGUCCUCGAAACGGUUCGAAUAGAAGCAGAAAAAACGUAAAAAAAUGUCGGACGAACAAAAUAGAUUAUUCGUAUAUGACAUUGCAUUGGAAAAUGUGUUCGAAGCCAAAAUUGAUGAACAGCUUGCUUGCAAUUUGAUCGAUGAGAUUAUAAAAAUAAGUAUAUAUUUGCGAGAAUAAUGCUAAGGAGAAUUAAUGGAUAUUCGAGUAUCGAGAUUCUUAGAUUCGUGAUAGUGGGUUAUUCGACUAGGCUCUAGAGUCGUCAACUUGCAGCUUUGAAAAAUGUUGAAUUUCCGAAAAACUUAGCCCCAAAUGAUUUAGCUAUUUUACAACAGCUUUUCCUCCUUUUUAUUCUCUUCUGCCGAAUGUUUCUCUCUCUCUCUCUCUCUCUCUCUUUCAAUUCCCCUGCCCCCUCCCGUCCUCGACCCCCUUCUUAGAAGAGAAGAAAAAAAGUUCUUGGUAACAUAAUCGAUCAUAGCUAAAAAAAACUGUAACGAAGAAUUUCUCUCAAUGGUGUAUGCUGAGGAAAAUAUAUAAAAGUACAUCUCGAGCGUGGCGUGAAAAUUCGAAUAAUAGAGAAUAAUGCAUAAGUAAUAUAGCGCAUCUCGAAGAUCUCUUAGAUAAACGUUAAUAUUUAAUCUCCUACUCGUUGAGCACAAGAAAAAAUAAACGGGGAGAGGAGUAACGAAUGAAGGGAAAAGAAGAUAAAUGCACGGGAGCAGGGUGCGUUGGAACGUAUGACUUUUGUCACAGGAGAUGAAAUCAAUUUGUUUUUAUGAUUGUUCUGAUUUCCGAACGACAGGAUCUUGCUAAUUGGGUGUUUGUCAUGACUUAAUCACCUCCGUGGCUCGAUUCGAUCGCAGCGAAUUAUACGACAAGACGAAUUGUAAUAAAUUAGAAAAAAAUUAAAUUAUUUAACAAACAAAACAAAAUGCACGAAGAGUAAUUGUACAAAAAGGGGAGAGAUAUGCAGCAGAGUUUUGCUGAGUGUAAUAAUGCGAAAAUCGACGUUUCAUACCGCAGUGGCGCGCGAGCUGCUUCGCUCCUUUGCGGUCGAAUUAUGAAGGACGAAAAUGAAUGAAAAAAAAACUGCAAAAAAGUGAGAUAAAAGAAAGACAAAUAAAAAAAAUGUUAAAAAACAUGGAAAACAAA